GAGGAGCUUCCACGGCCUUGCUGGUUUCUACAGGCGGUUUGUUAAAGACUUUAGCACUAUAGCAGCUCCCUUGACUGAAGUGAUAAAGAAAGAAGUCGGAUUCAAGUGGGGAGAAGCACAAGAGACUGCCUUCCAAUGCCUUAAAGAGAAGCUUACUCACGCCCCUCUUCUUAUACUACCAGAUUUUAAUAAAACCUUUGAGAUUGAAUGUGAUGCUUCUGGUAUUGGAGUGGGUGCUGUUUUGAUGCAGGAAAAGAGACCCAUAGCUUAUUUCAGUGAGAAGCUUGGAGGCGCCACUCUCAACUAUGCAACUUAUGAUAAGGAGUUGUAUGCCUUGGUGAGAGCUUUGCAGACUUGGCAGCAUUACUUGUGGCCCAAGGAGUUUGUGAUACACACUGAUCAUGAGUCUCUCAAGUACUUGAAAGGACAGAACAAGCUCAGCAAGAGACACGCAAGAUGGGUAGAAUUCAUAGAAACUUUUCCUUAUGUCAUCAAGUACAAACAAGGUAAAGAAAAUAUAGUUGCUGAUGCACUAUCCCGAAGGUAUGUUCUCUUAAACACUCUUGAUGCUAAGCUGUUAGGUUUUGAGCAAAUUAAAGAUAUGUAUGAAUCUGAUCCAGAUUUUAAAGAAGCUUAUAACUCUUGUGAGAAAUUUGCUGCUGGACAUUAUUUUAGACAUGAUGGAUUCCUCUUUUAUGAUAAUAGACUGUGUGAUGUGAGCUUGACUGAACCAGUAGCUGAUCUUGCGCAUGAAGAGCUGGAAGAGAGUGACAGUGAAGAGGAGCUGGAUGAGACGAACACUACAAUUGGAUACAAGGAGCUGGAUGGGAGUUCAAUUGGAUUUAACUCAGCACGAGACCCAUUCUCUUUCUCCAAUGGGCCAAUAACCAGAUCAAAGACAAGACAAUUGAAGGAGGCAAUAUUCGGAUUGGUUUACACUAAACCAAUCUCGACAUCUGAAGAAAACCAAGUCAAAGAAGCCUUGAAGAUAUUCAAUUGUUCAAUCUUCAACACUACCUAGUUUUUACUUAAGAUAUUUUCGAAAACUACAAGUCCUUGGUGACUCUUUGCAUUCCUUUCUUUCUACUUAAACUCUCUGCAAGAUCUGAAUAAAAUCAAUCACUUUUGUUAUCAAAAUUCUCUCUAAACUUGUGAUUCCUUUGUUCAGUUUUUGGACAUCGAAUUUGGCUAGAAGAGUGAUCUUCCUUAAGCCUUGAUCUUGUUCACUAGUGGGGCUGCCUCUCACGGACUAAGAUCAUCCCAAUCAGUGCCUGAUCAUUCCGCAGAUCAUCACUGAAACCAUCUCUACCAUCGAUCACCAAUCCCCUUUCUAUCAACUCAUCAAUCGAUCAUCUUUCCAUCAGUGUUAGUAACCUGAUCCAUCACCACCAAAUCAAUACCAGAUCGACCCUCAAGAGCAUCCUAGGGUUCUUCCUUGACCAGGAAGCUAUUAAGUGGUAUCAGAGCAGCUUGAGGGCUUCUAAUCAAAGGGGUUUGUCGAUUCAAUUCUUCUCUCUCUGUUUUGGGAACCUAAUUUCCUUUUCUGAUUCUCUGCAACUCUCUGCAGUUUUCUUUUUCUCUUUACUUUCUAUCUGUUGUAUCUGCAAGGGGGCCAACCAGUAUAAAAAAAAAA